AUGCGGCCGGUGCGCAAGGGCCACAUCGGCAGGACCAACAAGUGGGGGCGGCUCGGCCGUGCUGAGGACGAUCCCGCCUCGCGGGCGGCAGAGGACGACCGCUUUGCCCCGAUCAUCCCUCCGCGCGCAAGCCCGAGGCAGCGCGCGGAGGUCGCCAGGCGGCUUCGCCCGGCCACCGCGCCGCGAUUGCACGCGCGGCAGCCCAACCCACUCGCCCAGGUGGACCCGGCGCCGCUGACGGCGCGGAGGCGGCAGCCGCGGCCGUGGGAGCCGCCCGCCGCACCAGCAAAGGCCGCGUUGCCAGAGGCGGCGCAGCGGGCGCUUAUCAAGGCGUGCCCGCCGCUGGUGACCUGGUACGACCCCGACAAGGUCCUGUCGCAGGUCUUCCGCGCUUGGGACACGGACGGCUCGGGGACCCUCUCAAAGCGAGAGAUUGAUGUCGCUCUCGGGCAACUCGGGGUGGCAGACUCCGCCUCGAUCGACGCGCUGUACAGGUCGGUUGACAAGGACAACUCGGGCGAGAUCGACUACCGCGAGUUUGCCGCACACAUCGCGCAGGGGAUGACCAACCCGGAGGACAUCAAGGGUGGAGGCAUCGUGCCCGAGUUGCGGAGGGCGUUGGACUCGGUCGAGGCGCAAGGUGGUGUCGGGGCGGGGGACGCGCAGGCGGCCGAGCCACCGCUCACGCAGGCAGAGCAGGCCAUCCACAAUCGCGUUCAGCGCGCGGCGGCCGCCCGGCUGGAGCGAAAUCGCGUCGAGGCCGAGCGAGGCUCGUGGAGGGACGCCAAGCCCGCAGAGGCGCAGGCCAAGCCGUCGCCCUCCCCGCGACCGAGCGCACGCAGCGCGCGGAGCGGGCCGGGCUACCGCAUCGAGCCGGUCCCGGUGCCACCACCCGCCACCGCUGCCUCGCACCCGCCCCCGGCCGCCGGCGUCCCUCGCGGGCGCGGGCACAGGGAGGGCGCCCGUGAGGCGCUCUACCCGGCGCCUGGGACGCCGUCGCACGCGAGCGAGGCGGAGCGGCUUCAGCGCGUGUCGGCCUCUCGCGAGCACGCGCCCUGGCAGGCCGCCGACGCCGCGCGCACCAGGGCUCGGCGGGAGGCCAAGCUCGCAACGAUGCGGGCGGCGGCGGAGGGAGUCUAUCAGCGCAACGUCGUCACGCGUUGCGCCCUCGACGACCAGCGCCACGAGGCCAACAUCGAGACGAAACUGCAGUCGUACGAGCGCUACGUUAAGGCCCUCGCCGUCGAGAACCGGCGCUUCCUCAUCUUUUAG